GGUGUAGUUAGUUCCGUGGUGUGUGGAUCUCCGGCAAUGCUUUUACGGCUUUUACAUUUCAAUUUCAGUAGAGCGGUAUGCGUAUGAGCUGGUAUGAGUGCUUCGGAAAUGGCUUUUGAAAAUGAAUUUCACCACUCGAGAACUCAAAACUCUUGUGUUGCUCGAGCCAUAAGCUAUUUGAUCCACAUGAAGCUGUCAACGCUUGUGCUGAUUCUCAUUUUCCUUUUGAUUUUAAUUCCACUAAUGAUGCAUUAUUAUGUGUCUCAGAUUCUAGUUCAUCAGACCCAAGUGGCUCAGAAGGCACAUCCCCUGGUGACCAAUGUGGACCUGAACAGUGACUCCUCAGCUCAUCUGAAAGGAAGGAUCGAUGAAAUGAACAGGAUCAAAAACUCUGUCAGUAACGAGCUGCUCCAGCUGGAGGCAAAGCGUAACAAGCUGCACCAGUCACUGGAGACAUACAGCGGCAGGGUGGAUGAGCUCAAGCAGCAGCUCUCCCGGCUGCAGCUCGAGUACGAGCGGCUCAAGUACAGCGUGGAGCGCGCGCGCGCCGCCGAGCUGGAGGCCGCCGAGCGCGACACCCCGCUGCUGGCGCGGCCGCGGCCGCUGCGCGCCGAGCCGGGCCCGCGGCCGGCCCUGGAGCCGCCGCCGGCCGCCGACCGACGCCGCUGCACGCUGCCGGAGUGCUGGGACUACUCGCGCUGCCCCAUCACCGGCGGCUUCUCGUUCCACCUGUACCGGCCGCUGAGCGACGCCAGUGACGCGGCCGCCAGCCGGCUGCUCGAGGCGCUGCGCAGCAACGCCCAGUGGCGCUCCGACCCGGCCGCCGUCUGUGCGUACGUGCUGGUGGUGGGCGGCGCGCCGGAGCCGGCCCGGCUGCAGCGGCUGCUCACCGCGGCCGAACACUGGUCCGGGGACGGCCGCAACCACGUGCUGGUGGCGGCCAGCGCGCCGGCCGCCGCCGCCCUGGACUCUGUCGACACGGGCCGCGCGGUGCUGGUGAGGACGCCGGACGCCGGCGCGCCGCCGCGGCCCGGGUUCGACCUGGUGCUGCCCAGCGUGGACGGGCCGCUGCAGGGCGUGCCCUGGCAGACGCUGCCGCCGCUGGUGCCGGCGCGCCGGCCCGUGCUGGUCUCCUUUCAGGGCGAGCUGGCGGCCGGCCAGCGCUGGGCGCGCACCGACGAGUUGACGUCCAGCCUGCAGUCGCUCUCGCAGUCCCACACCCGGGACGUGGUACACACAGAGUUCCGGUGUCCCGAGGACGCGCCGGCCGCCGCGCCGUCCUCCGUCUCUGCGGCGGCCGGCGGCUGGCGGCUCUGCGGCUCGGCCCAGCAGCGCUCCGAGCGACUGGGGAACGCCACGUUCGCGCUGCUGCUGCCACCGGGCGGCGCGGUGCAGCAGCGGCUGACGGAGGCGCUGCGGGCCGGCGCCGUGCCCGUGCUGCUGGGCGAGUGGCCGCUGCCGUUCGACGGAGUGCUCGACUGGCGGCGGGCGGUGUUGCGGGUGGCCGAGCCGCGGGUCCGUGAGCUGCACUACAUGCUGCGCUCACUGACCGACGGCGACAUACUCAGCUACCGCAGGAACGGACGCGAGCUGUGGGAGCACUACCUGAGCUCUGCCAAGGCGGUGUCGGACGCCCUGCUGACCCAGCUCGCCGAGCGGCUGGAGCUGCCGCCGCCGGCCGCCGCCGCCGUACCAGCACAGAGCGUCUUCAACGACACCUUCCAACGUGUGACGGUGGACGUGCAGCUCUCCACGCUCGACCUGGACGAGUACCUGGGACCGAUCGAGACGCCGCACGCCUCUGCGGCCUACCAGCGGAACCUCACCACACCCCGACUGGACAGCUACGCCCGCUGGAACCUGUUCCUGGCGCCGCACCGGCUCUACCCGGCCGUACCCUACGGCGACGUACUGCCCGCAGAGGCCAAGUUUGUCGGUCCCCGGCUGGGCUUCCGUCCGGUGGCGGCCGGUGAGGGCGGCUCCGGCAAGGAGUUCAGUGAGUCGCUGGGCGGCAACUCGCCGCACGAACAGUUCACCGUGGUGAUGCUCACCUACCGGCGCGAACAGGUGCUGCUCAGCGCGCUGGGCCACCUGUACGGCCUGCCCUACCUCAACAAGGUGGUGGUGGUCUGGAACACGCCCGAGCCGCCCGCCGACACACUCCAGUGGCCCAACGUCGGCGUGCCCGUCGAGGUGGUGCGCGUGGGCAAAAACAGCCUCAACAACCGCUUCCUGCCGUUCGACGCCAUAGAGACGGACGCCGUGCUGUCGAUCGACGACGACGCCCACCUGAGACACGACGAGAUCGUGUUCGGGUUCCGCGUGUGGCGCGAGCAGCGAGACAGGCUGGUUGGCUUCCCGGGCCGGUUCAACGCGUGGGACACACGCUUCGGCGGCUGGCACUACAACUCAAACUACUCGUGCGAGCUCUCCAUGGUGCUCACAGGCGCGGCGUUCUUCCACAAGUACUACGCGCACAUGUACUCUGAGUGGAUGCCGCAGGUGAUCAGAGACAAGGUGGAUGAAUACAUGAACUGCGAGGACAUUGCGAUGAACUUUCUCAUCUCGCACCUCACCCGGCAGCCGCCGGUCAAGGUGACGUCCCGCUGGACGUUCCGCUGCCCCGGCUGUCCGGUCACGCUCUCUGAGGACGAGGAACACUUCACCGAGCGACACAAGUGCAUCAACUUCUUCUCCCGCGUGUUCGGCUACAUGCCGCUGCUCAACACGCAAUUCCGGGUCGACUCGGUGCUCUUCAAGACUCGGCUACCGCAGGACAAACAAAAGUGCUUCAGGUUUAUAUAGUGAGCGCGGGUGAUAGAGACGAACGUUUAACUACAGACGGGUUAUGCAGUGUAGUGUUGGUGCUGACAUAAGACCGAGGAGGAUUUUUGGUGCUAGUGACGACCAGCGACAGAAGACAGGGUGAGACGGUGACACCGUCAGCUGAUAUUUGGCAGCACGCCGUGGAGGCGCGAAGGGUUUCCUUCACAGCUACGACUUCUCUCCGCCCACUAUUCGCGUAUACUGUAGGUCCAACCUACAUCUCACCGACAUUAGCUAGUUUUUCCGAUCACUGGCGGACCCAGCCAGUGACUGCGCACAUUCACUUGACCUCACUGUUGUAGCUUUGUGACAUGACCUGGCUGACACGCCGCUCCUGUAGUUUCGUCAGGGCAUUAGCAUACUCAUCUCACCGGGCCCAGGCCAGCGCACUCGCCUCUCAUUUGUGCUUCAUAAAUGGCGCUCAUUAUUGCAAGGCUAUCGCUGUUAUUUGCACAUACGCUAUAUGUGAUAGACUGAAUGGUGUUUAGGCGGAUGACAGUCGGCAUUGUUUGUCAAGAACUGUGCAAGUGGCUGCGCGAAUUGCCCGAACGAGUGUUGAAGUGACUGCUUUUGCGACGGUAUUUUUUCUGCGAACUGCAACAGCUGAUGUUUAUCUGUGUAUCAUGCAUGCACUACCAUGUUGUAUAUUUUGUGCGCGGUUCGCACGUUCUCUGGCGGACUGCGUGCGGACAGAAAGGAUCCCGUCUCCGCUGCCGCUCUAUGUAGCAUCGCCCUGUAGUCGCCCUGGGGCGAGUUAUUAGGCCACGACCCCCCGUCGUGCUGAUAGCGACCCAGCUUAGUCCUGUGUAUUUUCUGAGGCCUUUUUUGUGGUAUUGCGCACUUUGUUGUAUUUGUCUGCGUAUUUAACCCUAGCGUCGUGCAGUAGCAGCUCUGUACAUGUGCCAUAUAUUGUGUUGGGGGGGGGGGGGGAGACAGAUCAGCAAUACAGCUCCGUUUAAUUGUAUGUAUAGCUCGGCGUGCUGAAUAAGCGCAGUGUUUGUGCGAUGGAGGGACGGUGCACGAUGUUAUGUGAAUUAGUCUGUUUAAAAUACAGGCAUUCAAUGCA